AGAGAGAGAGAGAGAGAGAGGUGGUCGUGGAAAAAGCGAGGAGUCGUCGUGGUCGGAAAAGCGAGGACGGAAGGAAUCGCGCCGGCAGUUUUGCUCCGCGACCGUGUGGUAACGUUCAAAUGGUGACUCGUCGCGCCAAAAAAGGAAGCUUGCUGGCUCGUGGGCGAGCAGUUCUUGCGGGGGCGACACCUCGUCCUCAUCCUCGUUGUCGUUCGCAAUGGUAGGAGUCACACGCAGGUGGCCGCGAUCCAGAAUGAUCUGUGUUCGAUCGCCGACCGCUUAUCGAUUAUUCUCGAGGCACUCGAUAUCGAAUCGAUCCUUCUGCUCGAUCUUUCUCGUGCUUCUGUCUGUCGACGUCGAGUAACGUUGUAUAAUCAGUUGUAGAGAGAGUACGUUGAAUUAGUUUUAAUUAGACGUGUUCGAGUUGAAAUUAAUAGUGACGGUAUAUAUAUAAUAAACUGUCGAUUUCAUCUCUCGACGCGUGUACGCCUGUGUGUUGCCGAAUCGACUUGCCGAGUCAGAAAUCAUGGAUUCGUCGACUGUGAGAGCAUUGUCGCGUGCAACAAGACCGAUGUUGUCCGCCGCGUUUCGAUCGUUCUGACUCACUCACGCCCCAUAUACGGACGCGUGUCUCAACAGAAGGAUCACAGCAGCCUGACUAAUUCUUGGUAAAUGGACACAGAUGUGCCGCCCGUCCUUCUGCCGUGCGCCAUCUGCGCACGGACAUUUAUGCCGCAGUCGUUGGAGAAGCACUCGAGGAUCUGCGAACGAUCGGCGAACAAGAAGAGGAAGCCAUUCGACUCGGCCAAGCAGAGGAUACAGGGCACCGAGCUGGCCGAAUUUCUGCCCAGGCAGGAGAGGAGCAAACGACGACGCUCGCCGGACGACAAGUCCUCCAAGCCCGGAUCCACUUGGAAACAGACGCACGAUGACUUCCUGCGGGCCAUCCGCGCAGCGCGCAACGAAAUUGUGGACUCGACGAUGCAGAAGCAGUGUGGCACGACCAUCACGCCAAACGCGCCAACGCGGGCCAACGAGCAGGGCACGUGCCCGACGUGCAAUCGGCACUUCGGCGUCAAGGCGUACGACAGGCACGUGGCCUGGUGCAAAGAAAGGAUCAACCGGGUGCCGGUCAGCCCGGCGACGAACAUCGCGAAGGAACGCCUCGAAGCACGGAUGAAGUAUCGGGCGCCAGCGGUGAAGAGUCGUCGGCAAGCGACUCGCGAGAAAUACUCGCCGGGCUCGGCGAUCGCCCUGAGUUCCGCCAACAAAACGUCGCCGACGAUGCUACCAGCUAACAAGGCCAAGGAGAGCGUAUCGGCGCCGAGUUGCAACAGGAGCCCUGUUAAACAAACGAACAGAUCGGCUGCCGUGCUGCUGGAUGACGAGACCGCCGGACCUACUCCUCCUGUUAAAAGAACCUCUCAGCUCCUUGUCCCGCCCUUAAAACGUAAGAAAGAAACCGUCGACGAGUGCAACAGCGUCGCCACGCCGAGAUCGGGCGAGAAGAGAAAUCAGCCGAGAAGGACACCGGCGAGAGUGAAACGAGAGGACGAGACCGCGUGCCAGAGAGCGAGGCAGGACGAAAGAAUGCAUCAACCAAUGCUACAUUCUGCCCGGUCGUUCAAGGCCACGACAAACAUCGUCUCGGCUAGAAGCCAAGGGAACCCAAAGCUCAACGACGUCUCGAUCAACGACGAUAUCGUGGGCGUCACUGUGAAACCCUGCAACAUACACAGAGAGAGCCAGCUGGUAACGUGGAAACAGCUCGUGGAGGCAGGCCAAGCGAAGAAUCUGAAGGGAAACGUUGAAUUCCCGUCGAAAGAGGAGAGACCAAGUGAAGACGCAACAUACGUGCCAGCAAAAAAGUUGAACGAGACGUACUCGUUUAUCAAGGACUCGACAGCGACGACGAUCAGCGACAACGUCGACGAUCCGCGUGCUCAGCGUGCGAGAAAGAAAAAAUGGAAACCGGUGAGGCACAGUCCCCGCGUGGAAUUCUGUUUAGCUGAUCCGGACAGAAGCAGCCACGUUUACAAUCCACUGGUUAAUUCCGUUUACCUUGGAGAAGCCAAUGGUAAAAGCUGUCGCGAGAGUUUGAAAGUUAGGGACAGUUUCGAGACGGACGACACCGCGAAGGAAAACGGAAACCGGUCGCGUGUCAAGUCGCCUUCCGAGAGCUUUCGAUCCUCAACGAACAGAAUUUUAGGAGAAAAACGACUGAGCGCAGCGGAAUUUCCUUCAUGGAACAAUGCUUGCGACGAUUUCGAAAUUGUACAGAAUUCGCAGAAGAGUCUGCACGAAGAUUCUCAAGCUGUGACUGCGCCGAUUGAAAGCAUCGACGCGAUAGAUGAAAAUUCAAGGAAAGACGCGAUGCGUUUAUCCGAAGAGAAUUCCCCGUCUUUGUCUUUUAACAAGCAACUUUUUGACGAAUUUUCCAAUUCCGACGAGACGAGUGAAUCCGAAAGAAAAAAUCACGAAAUUCCUAACAGUAAGAUACAAGAAGUAACGUUACGAAAUGGUCAACCAAAUACCGACUCGCACGAACGAGUGAAAACUGCCGAGAGAGACACUGACGAACGAAAUAUUAGCUGGAGGAAUUCAACUCGAUCGGUGAGAAAUGAGUGUGAAAAGAGCGAUCCUGGACAUUCAGAUACAAAUUGGAUCGAAAUGGAGGCUGAUGCAUUCGAUACAGACGUUAUGCUACAACCGACUAGAUCGAGCACGCCAUUCGUGAACAUUGAGAAUUGUUCUUGGGCAAGCAAGUGUGACGAGGGUGAGGAGAAUCUGAGAAAAGAACAACAGCCAGGAGAUCUCGAAUGGAAGGAGGAGAUCGACGUGCGAACAGGAUCUGAGAUGUUGUAUCGCGUGGAAAGCAGAGGUUCAAAUUGCUCAGACUCGACGAUGCGAAUCGACAAGCUCGAGGAGAUUAACUUUGAGAUUGCUUCUUCCAACGGUAGCAGACGCGGCGAAUAUGAAAUCCUUCCAAGAAUUUCAUCUCUGACGGAGCAAACGGAGAGAAAAUGUUCGUCGAGAGACGCUUUGUCUUCUUCUUUGUCAAAGAGGAGAGAAGACAGCUCGUCGAAGAUCGCAUCUCCAUCAACGAGUAUGCGAGUAAAACUUCCGAACGUCCAGAGGAAAGAGAUUGCCAGUCAAAUAAAUAUUUGCAACUGUCCGCCGAAAGUUUUGCCAAACGUCAAACCGAGCGCUUCCGACGUCUCUGGAAACGCUUGCGCGAACGUUGAAAUCGGUGAAGCCUACGUUGCGCAGGAGUCAUCGGAGGAUCGAGAUAGAACGAACUUGGGCGAAAGUAAUUUCAACGGCAACGUGACUGAAUCCUCGGCGAGUCAGUUCGAUGCAAACCUGGGGAAAGACGAUUGUAAUUGUACGAGAGAACGUGCCAUUGCCAAAGACAAUAACGAUUCGAACGUAACGGAGAACAGGAGGGCUGCGAAGAGAAACGUCAGAGACGUCAGAGAGCUGCGGGAAAUUUACAAAAAUUACUCGGCCAAGGAUUUCGAUUGCGACAGCGACAACAGCGUGGAGCGUCACGCGCAGGACGAUGCAAACUACUUGAAACGUUCGUCAAACAGGAGCGACGAGGCGAAGCAGAAUCAGCGUAGCUUACGAUCGAUAGUCCUGUCGGAGUCGUGCUUCAAGUUGAGCCAACGAGUUCGGCUGGACGACUCGCCGGCAGCGUUGAGAUCACGCCGGUCGCGGAUCGUCGAGAUGGAAAAUCGUAUCCGCGAGAACAUGAGCAGCGUGUUGAACGAGAGCAGCGACAGUUUGGCGUCCUCCGUCGAGCAGGUCGAGUCUGUCGAGGUGGAAACGAUCGAGGAGAUCGGCACCAGGAACAGAAGCAUCAGGUUCAGGAUAUUGCCGGAGAUCAAGGGCCGCGUGGCGAUGAAAAAGAAACGCGACGACGCAGAGGAAAUCGACGGCGAUCAAACGUAUUGGGAGAAGGCGACGAGAGCCUCGAGGAAUCGGUUGAUCAAUCUCGACCCACCGUGUCAGGGGGCGAGCAGGUUUCUUAAGAGGAAUCAAAAAUUUCGUAUCCUUCCACCCGUUCCCAGUAACUCCUCCUUGACGAAUCACAGCGGCAAGGAUUACGAUCCUUUCCUGCUAGCGGAACAACAGAUGAACGACCUGCUGUCGGACACGAGCGAGCAAUCCGCGACGGACGAUCCGGCGGGGUCGAUCGUUGAGCAAAGCCGCGAUUCCUCCUCUUUCCCUCUCUCUCAUUCCUCGGCAUUCGUCAAAUAUCCCUGCCAGUCGACGCCGCUCCCCAAUCCUGACAAACGAUCGUCCUUGAUCGCCCCACCCACGGAAUUCGACGACCUCACGUCGGACUUCUCGAGCGACUCCACCGAGACGAAUUCGUUGUCUCGCGAGCUUUUCCUCAAAGAUGUGAAAGAGAACGGCGAGCUGCCUGCAGACCCGGCCUGCAAGGCGAACUCGAACAGAGAGAAAAAGUCUGCGGCGAGAGAGUUGGGUAGACGGGUGAUCAUCGAUAAAUCGAAAGCCUUGGGCGGGGAAGUGAUCGAGGACGCGAGCCGCGGUAGCAGAAGCUUCGUUGCCAGCACGGAGAGAGCCCGCAGGAUUCUCGACAAAGUCUCGCCAAAGGUCGUCCGGCCUGCUGUUAGUCGUUCCAUCUCGGUUCGCGCAUCCUCCGCCCCCAAAACUACACCCGACCGAACCACCAACGAGAAAAGAUUCGCGCACCAGAAAACCAACGACGCUCGCAUCAGGUCGUCGAACAACAGUCUGAACAACAAUUACGCGAAUCUCUCGAGCAGCAACUUGAGCCUAAGCUCGAUAAUAUCCUCGGACGUGGACAUCAAACGUUCGAACUCGGUGUUCGACGAGCUGAUGACCUCGUUCGAGAACGAGAACGGUCCUUUCCCCUCGUUGAAGUCCUUCCUAAAAGCCGAUUCCUUGUCCAGUCCUGUUCACGGCGGACAACGCAACGGCCAGGUCAGCGACGAGGAACUCUCUUCGCCCGACAGCUACAAACGACAGGACAACAACAAAAUGAGCGUCGAUUCCGCUUACAGCAGGUUAAUACAGCCUAUCACUUACUACGGAUAAUUGUCAGUGUGUCGUUAACACUUUACCCACCAGCCUUAUCAGCUGGAAUAUUCGAACAUUUCAAAAACCAUUGAAUUAACAAUGUAUCAAUUGUAUUCUGCUGUUCACUUGUUCACCUGAUCGUAUCGUAAGCUUCCGAUAUUCACUUCUUCAAUAUUUUCAAAUUACUCCACAAUGAACCAGCAGAUGGACGAAAAUGAAAAUCUUUAGUCAAUUUCUCAAAUUGCUCUGUUUUUUUUUUUUUUUUUUUUUUUUUUUUUUGAAGUAGUUGUAGCGAGGACAGUGAGAAAGAAUCUCUCUGUCAAGUCUGUUAUAUUUGGAACGUGUGA